UACUAGGCCCCCUUUGCUUGCUUCGUCUUGCUCCGGCGGACGAAGGCGCAAAGCUUUCAUCAGAUCUCGUUGCCCACCCGCACCUCCGCAUCGGCUUCGGGUGAACUCUUCCGUGAGUAAAGGUCGCGUCCCAUGAACUCGAGGAGGGACUUCCGCAAUCACAGAACUGCUUUAUUUGAUGGCAUUGAAGAAGGUGGGAUAAGAGCUCCAGCUUACUCUUCUCGUGAAAUUCAUGAGCAUGAGAAUGACCAAGCUAUGGACAGUUUGCACGAUAGGGUCAGCAUUCUCAAAAGAUUGACUGGUGAUAUUCACGAAGAAGUGGAGAAUCAUAACCGAAUGCUGGACAGAAUGGGUAGUGACAUGGAUGCUUCGAGAGGAUUUCUUUCUGGAACGGUGGACAAGUUCAAGAUGGUCUUCGAGACGAAAUCAAGCCGCAGGAUGGCUACCAUGGUGGCAUCCUUCAUUGCUGUCUUCUUGCUCGUAUACUACCUUACCAAGUAGGAGCAUAGCUGUUUGUGGCAUCAGCUCGUAACUGCCUGAUUGUAUGAUCCCAUUUUCCAAACUUAAUGACCAGAGCAAUGGUUCUCAAAAGAAAAGGAGCACUGGUGGAUUGAGAGGUGAUAUGCUGCUGCGAUCUGAUCUCACAGUGUUUGUUUGUAAUGCAUGGAUGGAUGAACCUGGUGAAACCUUUCCAGUUCCCAGGGGGGAGGAUAUGCUGUAUGUGCUGCAUUUGUACCAAAUUCUUUGGAUAUUUUUGCUCAUGUGUGCCCUUGCUGGGAAUUCGGAUAUAUGGCCGGAUCGAUGGA